GCCCGCGCAGCGGACGCAGCGGCGAUGCCACCACCGCCGCCACACAGCUCAACGGCAGCGCAGCCAGGAGGAGGGGGAGUGCAACUGGGAGCGACGGUGGCGCAACCGGGAGGAAUGGGGGUGCAACCAGGAGGAGCGGUGGCCCAAGGAGGAGCACCGCCGCGAGCAGCGGUUCAGGUCCCCGACCAGCAGGUGGUAAUGACCAGGCAGGAGAUGCAACAAAUGGUGGCGGAGGCGGCGGCGCAGGCGGUUCAGCAAGUCACAAACAGUCUCUCUCGGGCUAUGACGACGCCGAACACUAUUGCAGGGUCACGGCAAAACGCGGAGGAGGAUGAAUCCAGCUAUGGCGGAGGCGGGCCCACACAUGACCGGGAGAUGGAGAGGAUGGAGGAACAGCUGCGCCAAUUGCAGGCUAAGGUGGAUGGUCGGGCAGAGAGGCGCGCUCGAGGACACCCGUUCUCGGCGGACAUACUGGCAGCACCCUUGCCAAAUAAUUACAUGGAUACUAACCUGGUGUUUGAUGGGACUUCUGAUCCGUCGAGACACGUGAGGACAUUCGAAAAUAUGGCUGUGUUGCAUGGAUAUACUGACCCUGUUAGCUGCAGGGCCUUUUUAUCGACCCUUAGGGGAGGGGCGCUCGACCGUUUGCCUGUGGCAUUGGGAUCGGGAGAGUUGAGAAAGGUGCGUAUGGUGAGAUUUGUGGUUGUAGGGGCUGAGUCGUCCUAUAACAUCAUCAUGGGGCGGACGAGCUUGAAUGCGUUUCAGGCGGUCGUAUCCACGUACCACAUGACGAUCAAAUAUCCGGUGGGUGAAAACGUAGGGGAGAUCUCCGGGGAUCAGCUCACUUCAAGAAGUUGCUACCAAACGACAGUCAGCAAUAACAGGCAAUUGGCGAAGAGGCAGGCCGAGUCGAAGAGGGAGGAAGUUAAUCGACCAGGAGGAUCGAGGUCGAAGGAGGACAAGCAAAAAGGGGAGAGAGGUAAGGAAAAAAUGGAUAUCCAACCUGGGGAGGAAGUCGAGGAGAUUCAAAUGAUCGAGGGAUGUGAAAGGAGAAAGUUCAGGAUUGGAAGGGAUCUGGGAGAGCCUAUUCGGUCGAGGUUGAUCCAGUUGGUUAGGGAGUUCGCGGAUAUUUUUUCCUAUACGGCAGAGGAGUUAACGGGGAUAAGUGCGGAGGUGAUCGAACAUCGGCUAAACAUCGACCUCAGCGUGAGGCCGGUGAAACAGAAGAGAAGGCACCAUGGGGCGGAGAUGGAUAAGAUCAUCGAGCAGGAGGUCGAGAAACUAUUGGGGGCACGACAUAUUAAGGAGAUUCAAUUCCCCGAAUGGCUAUCAAACACGGUGAUGGUGUCGAAAGCGGAAGGAAAGUGGAGGAUGUGCAUUGAUUUCCGCGAUCUGAACAAAGCAUGCCCGAAGGAUUUAUACCCGCUUCCUAGAAUCGAUCAGCUG